UCAUGCUGCACGUGUAUUUUUAUGUUGUUGAGGGUAAAACUGAGGCUAAACUAGCAUUAGCCGGCGAGCAAUGUCUACUGGUCAGUGGCCUUCCGAGGCCCAGACAUACCUGCACCCUUCUUCUUGCUUAUCGCUUAAUCUCCGGGAGUCGGACUGUAGAAAUACCUUGGCAAGGCUUGCACGUCCACUACUCGGAUCACCAAGUGGUCACCACGUUCUCUUGCGGAUCUAUUACCUUUAGCGAACUUGUGUUUAUACUAGGUCAGUGCAAUCGCAGCGUACCUAUCGCUCAUCGCAGCAAGUUGCCACCCUGUUCUAACUCCUGGAGUACUUAACCUCUUGCAAUGACACAGGGUGUUGUGACUAUUAUCAACAAGUCCGACCGUUUCAAUGGCGUUCAUCAUUGUUGCAUGCACCCUUAUUAUCUUGGCCAGCGUCUGGAUCGCGAAGCAACGAUAUCAGGCCGCAAGGCGGUUAUCAUUACCGCCCGGACCACCUGGACGUUGGCUUUUCGGAAAUACGAUGCCAGAGUCAAAUGCGCCGUUUCAAUUCGCGAGGUGGACAGAACAAUACGGACCCGUGUUCUCGCUCAAACAAGGCCAUAGGAUUUUCGUGAUUAUAGGACGUCAUCAGGCUGCAGUAGAUAUCAUGGAAAAAGAGGGAGCAAAUCUCGCAGACCGCCCACGUUCUAUUGCAGUGCAAGAGACAUUAUGUGGCGGAAUGAGAGUGGUCGUUGAAGGCAGUGGCGAGAGAUUACGCCGGCUACGCAGGGUCCUGCAUGCAGGCUUGCAACCCAAAGUUGCGGAGACCUACGAGCCCAUCCAGACCAGGAAUGCGAAGAAUCUGAUUCUAGAUAUCUUGAAUGAUCCAAAGAAUCACCAAAGUCAUGUCAUGCGUUUUGCAGCUUCCGUGGUCAUGUCCUUCACCUACGGAAAAACUACUCCGACUUCAUACACAGACCCUGAAGUUGUUGCCGUCUGUAAGUCUUCUGCGCGUUUUGGUCGAGCGAUGAAGCCGGGAGCAUACCUUGUGGAUACAUAUCCAAUCCUGCGUUUCGUCCCAGGCUACUUGAGCCAGCUCAAGGCAUGGCACCAAGAUGAACUUGCUCUCUUUAACGGGCAGUUAGACGUGGUGCGAAAACAAAUGCGUGAGGGGACUGCAAGACCAUGCUUUGCGAGAUUCAUUUUAGAGCAACAGAAACAGUACCAGCUCGAAGGCAAGGAACUGGGAUACGUUGCAGGAGGAAUGUUUGCGGCCGGUUCUGAUACGAGCGCCUCUGCAAUCACAGUCAUGAUGAUGGCUGCUACCAUUCACACGGACGCACAGGCUCGCGUACAAGAGGAACUUGAUAGCGUCGUGGGACGUACGCGGCUGCCGACAUUUGAUGAUCAGGAAAUGCUGCCGCAGGUUACCGCGUUCAUGCUCGAGAGCAUGAGGUGGAGACCUGUCAGCCUUGGAGGCUUUGCGCAUCGCGCGACCAAGGACAUAAUUUGGAAUAACUACCUCAUUCCUGCAGGUGCGACUGUUAUUGGCAAUCAUUGGGCUAUCGCAAACGAUCCUGAGGUCUUCCCAGAACCGCAGAAGUUCAAUCCUCAGCGUUGGAUUGACAAUGCAGGUCGCGUGCGCGAUGAUCUCCGGUUUUUCACUUUUGGCUUUGGUCGCCGUGUUUGUCCCGGUCAACAUGUCGCACAUCGGUCUACCUUCAUCAAUACAGCUCUUAUUCUUUGGGCUUUCCGUCUUUCUGAGAAUCCUGCAGCAAAGAUUGACACGCUUGCUUUCUCGGACACCGCGAUUAUACAUGCUGCAUCGUUUGAGAUAUGUUUUGAGAAGAGGAUCGAUGAGAAUCUGAUCAGGGAACUGUGUGCACCUGGGGAGUAAAGGAUGAAGGGUACUGAAACUUGACUCUGGGAAACGCCAGUCGGAUACCAGAAAUGUUGAUGAGUAGAGACACUUGUAUUGCACAGAUUGUGGAACAUUGUACAUACCUUGGGGGAAGGAAGGAAUUGACCAGUCAAGGAAUCGAGGACUGGCGGCUCGAUGCCGCUUUGUUGCAUUA